AUGGGUAUCUGCCGCGAGCUUACUGCAGUCGCAGCCACACGCAUACGUGGCAUAAAGAAGACGUAUACGCGUCUUCACAUUAUCGGUCCGGUCGUACACAUAGACCGUCGUACUGAUAUUGUUGUUGUAUAA